UCCCCAGCCACAGCAAAAGCGGGAGGCUGGCACUGCCACGAGGGCUGGGCUGGCGGCCUCAGAGCGGAGACAAGUCGCUGCAGUGCCCGGGAGCCCCGCUUGGGGGCUUGGAGCGAGCGGGGGUUGAAGCUGGCUCGGGAGCUAAAGGAGCCUGCGGGAUGGGGGAGUUUGCUGCAGGAAUAAAGGAGCACUUGGCUGGUUUCUUGCGCGAGUUCUGCGCUGGGGCUGGCUGCAGCGCACUGCAGUGAUGGAAGCCUCCUCAGGGCGGGGCUGGGGCUGGCUGCGUGCGGUACAGCCGGGCAGCCGGGGCGCGGGGCCAAGGGCGUGCAGGAUGUGCGCCUCCGCUGCACUUGCAGGACGCCUGGCUAGCUGAAGGAUGGAAAAGGUGGGACCUCGGAGGCCUCGGACCCGCACUGACCAGAGGCUGCGUGGCGGCGGGGAAGGACGCGGUCCCUGCACUGCGGAGCGGUGACUAGCUCCCGCGGCCCGGGCUGGCGCGGAGGCGGAACCGCGCCCGAAGGAGGGGGAGCGUCGCCCUCCGCAGCGGCAGGCGGGGCCGAGGCGGGCCGGCAGGGCGGCCUCUCGGCGCGGGGGCGGGACCACCGCCCGCUGGGUCCGCGCCCUAGCCCGGACUCACAGCUGGGGCUGCAGGAGUCCGCAGCCGGCCCCCCGCAGGUGCUGGGACCGAGUGCCGCCUGGGGCGCGGGGACCGCACCAUCGAACUCCGCGGAGGACGUGACGACCCUCCUCUGGCUCGCUCCCCCCACCACCACCCUGGCCUGCAGCCCUUUCAGCGCCCGGGUCCGACGAGGCACCCAGAGAGGAAGAUCGCGGCCCUUCAGGUUGCGUCCCACCCCGCUCCCACUGUCCGCCACGGGCGAGAGGCGCCUGGGAGGACCUGGCCCUCGAAACCUCUGCCCCCCGCGCGCGGAGCAUCGGCCAGCGCUCCACCCCACCCCACCCCCGCGCCGCUUUCGACAGCUGGCAGCCGCCGGGGCCCCAGGGGACCGGCAGGUACUGGGGUGGCGGCGAGGCCCGGGAGCGGGUGAUGGAACAGCUGCGGCCGCUCCCCCCAGCCCCCAAGCCCCGGAGGAGCGGGCGGCGGGACUGCCGGGCGCCCGGGGCGCCGGUUAAUCAUUAACCCUCGGCUCCCCGGGUCUCCGCGCUGCCGGCAGCCGCGUCCGCCCCAGCUUCCCAGGUAACGGGCAAGGAUGCCCAUCCGCGGUCCCCGGGCUCCCCUCCGCUUAUUGCCCCCGCCACCUGUCGGCCUGGCGGAGCCCCGGGCUCAGUCUUGCGCCCCCUGCAGGCGCACGUCCCGGCGCGGGAGUUAGAUUCGCGGCCGGCCCUCCCCAGCUCGUCAAGCACCCGCUCCCGCAACGCCGGCCUCCUGGCAUCAUGCCCGGCCUGUACUGCCCCUCCAGCUGGACGCCGCUGCCCCUCACCGACUCCUGCGUCCGGGCCUGCGCCAACGGCCCCUGCCUCAGCCUACGGGCUCGGCUCACCUACCACAACCCGCAGCCGCAGCCGGUGGACGGCGUGUUCGUGUACCCGCUGGCCGAGGCCGAGGUGGUGUCGGGCUUCGAGGCCGAGGCGGCAGGACGGCGCGUCUCCUUCCAGCUGCAGAGCAGGCGCCGCUCGCAGCCCGCCUGCUGCCGCGCGCUGGGCCCCGGGCUGGGCGCCUUCACGCCCCGCCGCUGCGCGCAGGGUCAUCUUGUCCUGGAUCUGGCCCAGGCCCGCUCUACACUGGUGCUGCCCACGGGCCUUAUAGCUGCAGCUGGCACCAUGACAGUGACCCUGUGCAGCAGCCGGGAGCUGCCCUCAAGGCCUGACGGGGUGCUGCACGUGGCCCUGCCCACCGUGCUCACCCCGCUGGUCCCGCCGGGCCUGCCAGGGCCCCCCAGGCCUCCGGGGCUCUGUGACGACAGCCCCACCAGCUGCUUCGGGGUGGGCAGCCCCCAGGAGGAAGGGCUGGCCUGGGAGGAGCCGGCUGCCCCUCGAGAUGUGUUCUCGGGCCCUGCCCGCUGCCCUGCUCCCUACACCUUCUCCUUCGAGAUGCUGGUGACGGGGCCGUGCCUGCUUGCAGGCCUGGAGAGCCCCUCUCAUGCCCUGCGGGCAGACGCCCCCCCUCACGCCAGCUCUGCAGCCACCAUCUGUGUCACCCUGGCAGAGGGCCACAGCUGUGACCGGGCCUUGGAGAUCCUGCUGCAUCCCAGUGAGCCCCACCAGCCCCACCUGAUGCUGGAGUCCGGCAGCCUGAGCGCAGCGGAAUACGAGGCCCAGGUGAGGGCCCGCCGGGAUUUCCAGAGGCUGCAGCGGAGGGACAGCGAUGGGGACCGGCAGGUGUGGUUCCUGCAGCGACGCUUCCACAAGGACAUCCUGCUAAACCCGGUGCUGGUGCUGAGCUUCUGCCCGGACCUGAGCGCCAAGCCUGGCCACCUGGGCACAGCGACUCGGGAGCUCCUCUUCCUGCUGGAUGGCAGCAGCGCGGCGCACAAGGACGCCAUUGUUUUGGCUGUGAAGUCCCUCCCACCCCAGACGCUGGUCAACUUGGCCGUGUUCGGGACCUCAGUGCAGCCGCUCUUCUCAGAGAGCCGGCCUUGCAGUGAUGUGAGUGUGGCCCAUGGACCUGGGGCUUCGUGGGGCUGCCCCAGCCCAGUGUGGCCCAGCCACGCCUUCUCUCCGCAGGAUACCAUGCAGCUGCUCUGUGACAGCAUCGAGACCCUGCAGGCUGCGAGUGGCCCCCCAGAUGUGCUGGCUGCACUGCACUGGGCCAUGGGGCAGCCCCAGCACAGGGCCCACCCUCGGCAGCUGUUCCUGCUCACCGCGGCCUCGCCCAUGGCCACCACUGCCCACCAAACCCUGGAGCUCAUGAGGUGGCACAGGGGGACAGCCAGGUGCUUCUCCUUUGGCCUGGGGCCAGCCUGUCACCAGCUGCUCCGGGGUCUGUCUGCCCUCAGCAGGGGCCAGGCCUACUUCCCGAAGCCUGGGGAGAGGCUGCAGCCCAUGCUGGUGCAGGCCCUGCGGAAGGCCCUGGAGCCCGCUCUGAGUGACAUCUCCGUGGACUGGUUUGUGCCUGACGCCGUGGAGGCUCUGCUGACGCCCCGAGAGAUCCCAGCACUCUACCCCGGGGACCAGCUACUUGGUUAUUGCUCGCUUUUCAGGGUGGACGGCUUCCGGCCCCGCCCACCAGGGGGCCAGGAGCCUGGCUGGCAGAGCGUGGGCGGCUCGGUGUUCCCAUCCCCGGAGGAGGCGCCAUCUGCCACCAGCCCUGGCACCGAGCCCACUGGCACCUCUGAGCCACUGAGGACAGGCACCGCGUCAGCAGAGCUGUCCAGCCCAUGGGCUGCAGGGGACUCAGAGCUGACAGGUACUGAUGCUCUGACAGACCCAGUCACGGACCCUGGGCCCAACCCCUGCUCGGACACGGCCAUAUGGCGCCGCAUCUUCCAGUCCUCCUACAUCAGGGAGCAGUACGUGCUCACACACUGCUCUGCAAGCCCUGAGCCGGGCCCAAGCUCCACGGGCAGCAGCGAGUCCCCAGGCUCGCAGGGCCCUGGCUCCCCCGAGGGCAGUGCUCUCCUGGAACCCCCUUCUCAGCAGGGCUGCCGCAGCCUGGCCUGGGGAGAACCUGCAGGCUCCCGCUCCUGCCCCCUACCUGCACCCCCCCAGACUCCAUUCAAGGUGGUGGCUUUGAGCACUGAGGUGCUAGGCCGUCGUCACAGAGCGGCUCUGGCGGGCCGAAGCCUUUCAUCCCCUCCAAGCCGGGCAAACCCAGCCACCCACCGACCACGGCGGCAUCCCUCGCUGGGUGCAGCACCAGAUGGGCCAGGCCUGGAACCAGGCCAACAGCUGGGACAGGGCCUGGAUGACUCAGGAAACCUGCUCUCCCCAGCCCCCAUGGACUGGGACAUGUUGAUGGAACCACCCUUCUUGUUCACCGCUGCGCCCCCCAGUGGGGAGUCAGCGGCCCCAGCAGUGCCACCACCUCCCCAGGUUCCGCACUGCCAUGUGGUGAUCCGGGCCCUGUGUGGAGAGCAGCCCAUGUGCUGGGAAGUGGGUGUUGGGCUGGAGACACUGUGGGGGUCUGAGGAUGGCUCACAGCCACCAUCACGCCCUGGAAGAGAAGCUGCUUGGGACCAAGCACUCCAUAGACUGACCGCAGCCUCUGUGGUCCGUGACAACGAGCAGCUGGCUCUCCGAGGGGCAGAGACCACGGCUGACCGGGUUCAUGCUCGGAGGUCCUGGCUUCGAGCCCUUCAGACAAGCAAGGUCAGCUCUGCCCCCUCCUGCUUCACCUGCCCCGUAGCUGUGGAUGCUACCACCAGAGAGGUCCUACCUGAGGCCCUGCAGGUGCAGAGCUCAGAGCCGCCCGAGCCCCCAGGUGCCCUUCCUGCCUCUCAAGGCCAUCUCACUGCAGCUCCGCUGUACACAGGCAUCCCCUCGAACGCAGGUGCCUGCAACUCGGACCAAAACAGCAACGCCAAGGCUGCUUUGAGGGACCCCGCAUCCCCUACUGGAGGUCCUCGCCACCUGCCCCCACAGCCUCCCUCGAGGCUCAGCUUGGGCCGCCGGCGCGGACUCCACAGCCCUUCCCCAGGCCACGCCUGCGAGGCCAGCAGUGAAGGCAGCGACCACGACUACCUGCCCCUGGUGCGGCUGCAGGAGGCGCCAGGGUCCUUCCGCCUGGACGCGCCCUUCUGCGCGGCGGUGUGCAUUCCGCAGGAGCGCCUGUGCCGAGCCUCGCCCUUCGCAGCGCACCGCGCCAGCCUCAGCCCCACCUCGGCCUCAUCUCCCUGGGCACUUCUGGGCCCUAGUGUUGGCCAGGGAGACAGUGCCACAGCCUCCUGCAGCCCAUCCCCCAGCUCGGGCUCCGAGGGGCCAGGACAGGUGGACAGUGGGCGAGGCUCAGACACUGAAACCUCCGAGGGGGCAGGAGGGCUGGGUGGUGCUGACCUGCGGGGCCGCACCUGGGCCACGGCUGUGGCCCUUGCGUGGCUAGAGCAUCGCUGUGCCGCCGCUUUCACCGAGUGGGAACUGACGGCGGCCAAGGCUGAUUGCUGGCUGCGGGCCCAGCACCUGCCAGAUGGCCUUGAUCUGGCAGCCCUUAAGGCCGCCGCCAGGGGGCUCUUCUUGCUGCUGCGCCACUGGGACCAGAACCUGCAGCUACACCUACUGUGUUACAGCCCCGCCAACGUGUGAAAGCUGCCUGCUCCUUGGGCUGGCUCCCCCGGCAACAUGCUCAAGUCACUGCCGCCCAGCGCUGGCCUCUCCAUGCGGGAAAGGGGUAGGCUGGCUCCAGCCGGUCCCCCACUGCUUCUCAUUCCCUCCCCAGAAUCCUUGUGCCCCAAGAAGUGCCUGCCGGUGCUCUCUCCCACUCUUCCCACCCCAAACCCUUUGGCUGUGUGCUCUGAGCUCUGUGCAGCACAGUGGAAGGGGAGAGACCCACAGUUCCUAAUUCCUAUGCAAUAAAGUGCCUCUUAGGACUUC